AUGAAGUUCUAUGUUCACUUUGAAUCUCAACCUGAACAUACUCUAAUUGUAGUCACUGAUAAAGUUCCUCAUGUUUUGACUGUAUCCGAUUUGAAAUUGUACUUUAUUCAAAAUUAUAGAAGUGUUCAUGGCGAGAGUACAAAUGAAUUGACUGGCAACAAUACCGACAUCAAAGAUCAAAAGGGAAGAAAGGUAGUUGACACAACACUCAUUGGCAAAUGUGCAAAGAAUGGUGAUGAUUUAUUCAUUGUAAAGAAUUCAAAUCCUCCUGGUGAGUUUAUUCCACUGGUUGCACCAAUUGUUACCCCUCAACCUGUUCCAGUACCAACUACCACGACUCCUCAACCUGUCGCAACUACAACUACACCUUCAUCUAGUUCAACAAAAAAGACUACAACAACAACAAAACAAACAACAACAAAGAUUCAACUUAAAGCAAAUCAUCCAGUUUAUAGUAUUGAUGGAUGUGAAUCAAAGUUUAAAAAUGUAAUUGAGAGUUUAUUGCAACGUGGUAAUGAACUAUACGACAAACAAUCAUACAAACAAGCUGUUGAAGUGUACAACAACAUUCUUCAAAUCUAUCCAAAAGAAUUGAAUUCAUUGUUCAAGUUGACACAUAUCUAUCUUCAAGCUAAAAAGUAUGAUCUUGCAAUCAAAAACAUUGAACUAGCAACUACCAAUCCACUCAAAGAUUGGAAUAUUUAUUUAUUAUAUGGUAAAACAUUAAUUGAACAAAAGAAAUUUGUUGAAGCAAGUCAACAAUUAAAGAAAACAUUGGAUUUGAUGGGAAAAAGUCAUAAACAGUAUGCAGCGGUAAAUGCUAUAUUUGGAAGGACAUUGUAUGACACCAAAAUACCAAAUAAUAUGCAACAAGGAUGUGAUUUACUCAAUGAUAUUGUACAUGCCGACGAAAGCAACAUUGAAGGGUUGAUUGGAUUUGCACACAUUUUAUACGACCGUAAUCAAUUUGACAAUGCGUUGAUGGUGUUGAUGCAGUUGUUGACUCGGUUGGGAUCGGCACCUACACUGGCUGCCACUGUCUACUCGUUGAAUGUACACCAGCCAUUUGACGAGUUGUCACCACACCGUGAGUUUACCAAGGAGCGUAUCGCACACAUUGUCAAAGAGUAUGGUGUCACCUUUUUAAUGAACCAACUCAACAAGUCGGCUGUCAAUGCACCGGUGCUCGGCUACUUUGCAUCGAUCAUCAAAGAGUAUGGUGCGAUUGACGAGUCGGUUGAACUCAGCCAAAAGGCAUUCGACAUGGACAAGACUUCGGCCAACCAUGCAUUGACCCUCGUUCACGGACUCGAAGUAUGCAACCGUUACGAAGACGCCAUUCAAGUGUGCAUCAAGUAUCUCCAACUCUCACGUCCACGUGGUCUCUCUCAAGCCGGUCCACCACCCUCUAGCAACAAAAACAAUCUACCUCUAACCUGUGGUUCCAUCCUCACCAUCAUUUCAAAGUAUAUCAAAGAUUUUAAUCAUCUUUCAAAAUAUCAAUCUUUUAAAAUUCAUGAACAAAACGAUAAUACUUUAUCCUCUUCCUCGUUUACUUCUACUAUACCAACUCCAGCAAAUUCAUUUAAAACAACUACAACAAGUGAAAAAGAAGAAAUGAUUAUUAGCUCUUCAUCAAGUUCAACAAAAUAUACAAAAGAUGAUGAAGACUUUUUAGCAUUUUGGUAUACAAUUGUAAAGGUAUUAUAUGUACAUGGUAUAUUGGAACCAUUACCAGAAUUGAUUGAUCUUUUAGAACCAACAAGAGUAGGACGUAAUCUUCACUUGACAACGGUUCGUAAUGAACAUGCCUACUUUUGUUGUAUCUCUCAACUCAUGCUCUCCUACAAAUCAUUGCCAGUACCAAACAACCGUCCCAUCUACAUUGCCGGUGACAGUCAUGCAAUGAGUUUGUCGUGGACACCAAUCACUGUCAACGGUGAACCACGUCUAUUCCAUCCACUCUUGACAACCGGUCUCAAGAUGUGGCAUCUUCGUCCAACCAGUAAAUUCUUCCCCAAGAUGAACUUUUAUCGUAGUACUUGUAAAGCUCCAAAAGGUUCUGAAAUCAUCUUCAUGUUUGGUGAAAUUGAUUGUCGUGAAGGUAUCAUUUUAAGUGUUGAAAAGUCAUUAAAAGAUUUAAUUGCAAAAUAUGAUUACAAGGCAUAUAUUCAUCCAGUAGUACCUGUAUUGAAUGAAACUAGAUUCCUUGUAAAGACAUUUAACCGUAUCCUAAAGGAAAAGAUUGAACAAAGUAAAGAACUUCAUUGGUUGGACUUUUUCGAUAGUCUCUUGGAUGUCGAUGGUGGUUUCAACACCAAAUAUGCACUUGAUGGUACUCAUAUGAAUCCAUCUUAUAUUCCAUUAAUUGAAAAUUCAAUUAAUAAAUACUACCAAUAA